CUUCUCCCCAGCUCCGCCUCCCUUCCCACCCUCCUCCCUCUCCCGGCUCGCGCAGGCAGGCAGGCCAGGUGCAGGCGACACAGCGAGAGGCUAAAACCCUAGCGCGAGGAGGCGAGCCGGCUCAGCGAUGACGGCACCGGCGGACAAGGGCAAGAAGGCCAAGACCGAGGCCGACGGCGGCGAGGAGAACGAGCAGAUCGACGGCGCCCUCGUCCUCUCCAUCGAGAAGCUCCAGGAGAUCCAGGACGAGCUCGAGAAGGUAAAUGAGGAAGCAAGUGACAAGGUUAUGGAGGUGGAGCAGAAAUAUAGUGAGAUUCGCAGACCUGUCUAUCUCAAGAGGGGUGACAUUAUCAAGACCAUCCCAGACUUUUGGCUCACAGCGUUUUUGAGCCAUCCUCUACUAAGUGAGCUUCUGACUGAAGAGGAUCAGAAGAUAUUCAAGUACUUGGACUCAGUUGAUGUGGAUGAUUCUGAUGUUAAGGCAGGAUACUCCAUUCAUCUUAACUUCUCUGAGAACCCAUACUUUGAAGACACAAAGCUUACAAAGAUCUAUUCCUUCGCUGAUGAUGGAACAACCACAAUAAAAGCUUCUCAGAUUAAGUGGAAGGAAGGAAUGGGACCUGCAAAUGGAAAUGGUCUUAACAAGAAGGGGAGCAAGCGGCCAUUAGUAGAGGAAAGUUUUUUCACCUGGUUUGGUGAUACAGAGCUCAAGAGUCUUGCUGAUGGUGUGCAAGAUGAGGUGGCGGAGAUCAUCAAGGAAGACUUGUGGCCUAAUCCUUUGAAGUACUUCAACAAUGAGGUUGAAGAUGAAUUCGAAGGAGAUGAAGAUGAUGAUGAUUUGGAUGAAGAUGAUGACGACGAUGACGGUGGCGAGGAGAACUGAGACCAGUGGUGCUUGGAUCAGAAUGUUCUCUGAAUCUCAUUAGCUGUUUGGUGGAAGGUGUGGCUGGGCGGAAGGAAUUGUGGGACCCUUUUUGGGAGAUUUUUUUUUUUGGGUUGUUUGACUUAGCUGGAACUCACCGUAGGGAACUGUUUAAUGCCUUCUGAAGUCAACCAACUUGAAAGGAGACUGCUAUAUCAUAAUCUGGGUAUAUCUAUCAACGCAAUUUGACAUGCUUAUGCUGGUGAUUCGCGUUUGUUGCUGCAA